AUGAACUCCAUGGAGCCACAGGGCCUUGCCAAGGCAUUACAGCAGCAGGUUGAACUUUCGCAGAAAGCGAUAGCCAUUGAAAGUGGUGAUCACGCCCUGACUUUUGAUGAGCUACAUACAAAAGCUCUCCAUCUCGCUGAAAAGAUUCUUGAAAAGCGACUUCCAGCCGACUCUCCCAUCGCGAUCCUGGCACCUAGGGGCAUCAAUCAUGUCCUGGCACAGGUGGCGGUAAUCUACGCCGGGGGAAUCUGUACACCCUUGGACGUGAAACAGCCUGACAGUUACUUGACUACUUUACUGAGUCGUCUUGACUGUGCUCUUGUUAUAACAGAUCCGGAGUACCAAGGCCGGCUUUUGGGAUACGAUCAUCUGCUCGCGGAUCAUGAGAUUCAUCCCGAGCACAAUAAAGAGGCGUCCGGAAGAAUCGCCGUACCAUCAAAGGGACCAACGGCCUGCUCGCAUAUCUUCCAUACGUCCGGUACUACCGGUCAACCCAAAGCCGUGCAGGUUCUCGCGAAGGGAAUUCUCAAUCUGACAUAUCAUGCUACUUACCGCGUGGAACGUGGUCAGCGCUUCUCUCACAUUGCCAAUGUGUCCUUCGAUGCGGCCCUGUUCGAAAUAUGGGUUUCGCUGCUGAGCGGGGCAACCAUAGUCGUUAUUCCACAAGACGUGGUGUUGGAUCCAGAGGCAUUUUCUAAUUGUCUUCGCUCGGAGAAGGUCAAUGUGACAUUUCUGACGACCGCAUUGCUGACCUCUACUGCAAAUGCUGUUCCCAAUGCAUUCGCUACUUUGCAAAUACUCUAUACUGGAGGAGAGGCCAUGAAUGUGCAGACGGUAAAAACGAUUUUCGAAAACGGGCCCCCACAGCUACUUCUCAACUUAUACGGCCCAACCGAGUGUACAGUCUACGUUUUCAGCCAUCCAGUUAUCCCGAGCGAUUUGGAGGCCAACAAUGUUCCCCUGGGACUCCCAAUCGGCAACAUGACCGCUACUGUGUUAGAUGAGGAACUCAACCCCGUGAAAAAUGGCGAGGUCGGUGAACUGCUGAUACAGGGUGCAGGUGUCUCGCGAGGAUACCAUGGAGAACCUGAAAAGACCGCAAAGGCAUUCGUGAAUAUCCCUCAUACUAGCCAUCUCCAUCAAACGAGUAGCAACAGCAUAUUCUAUCGCACCGGAGAUUUGGUCCGAAUCAACGAGGCGGGCCUCUAUUGCUUCAUAGGUCGCAAAGAUAACCAGGUCAAAAUCCGCGGUCACCGGAUUGAACUGGAGGCUGUUGAAAUCUUAUUGCUCGAGACGGGACUAGUCAACGACGCGGCGGUACUGAAAUUGGAACCGAAGGAUUCCACACUUGGAGCCAUCUUGCUAGCCUACGUGAUUCCCAAAUCAGCUACCACGAAUUCGCAUACUAUCAUUCGCGAGUUUGUGCAGCGAACCCCUCAUAUGGUGCCACGAAUUGAGUUCAUUGAUGAGUUUCCCCUGAGGCCUACAGGCAAAGUGGACCGUAAGAAAUUGGAACAGCAGUACUUGGACAAGAUAAGCGCCGUCCGAUCUACUUUGUGCAAGGCCAACGACUCCCCACGCAAGUACAGCUACUCAGCCAUUGUCGAGCAUCUUGAGAAUCUUUGGCUAGAGAUCCUGUGUCUUCCGGUGACUGAGUUGACUUCAUCGUGUGACUUCUUCCAUCUCGGCGGCACCUCGCUACAGGCAGCCACUUUGGUCGGUCGAGUUCGGCAGGCCUUUGGCGUAGAAUUGCAGUCGGCUGCUCUUUAUGAAAAUUCCACACUUGAGUCGCUGGGGCGUCUGGUACAGACUCUUCAAGCCGGUGAUCAAUUAGACCCGCGCAAAAAAAUGGAAGCCCUUUGGGAGCAGGAUUGUGACUUGGGCAAGGGACUGACCCCGAUGAAAGGCAUUUUGCCUGACUGGAAGGCUCCUGAUGAAGGACGUGUAUUAUUGACGGGAGUCACCGGGUUUGUGGGCGCAUUUCUGCUCUAUGAGUUACUUAAGAUGCCCCAAGUGCGUCGGGUCGCUUGCUUGAUCCGCGCCAAAGAUGCAGAUGCUGGGUGGACGCGCUUCCAGAAGAAUUUGGAAAAAUACGAAAUCCAUCUCUCCUCAGAGAUGAAGAAACGGGUGCUCAUUGUCCCAGGAGACCUUGGGCAACCUAGACUUGGUCUCUCUCAGGACAUUUAUGAUCUGCUCGCGGGCUGGUCUAGCGUAAUAUUCCACCUGGGGGCGCAGGUGAGCUAUGUUCAGCCCUACUCUACUCAUCGAUCUGCCAACGUGCUUGGAACCCUCCGAAUGCUGGAGUUCGCCAACCAUCAGCGGCCUAAGAUGCUGCAUUAUUCCUCCAGCAUCGCGUCUUACGGUCCGUCGGGGUUUGUACUUGGGGCAAAGUGCAUUGGCGAAGACGAGCGGCCGCGUGAAUAUAUGCGCGCCCUAAACUAUGACACAGGGUACUCGCAGAGUCAGAUGGUGGCUGAGUGUGUUGUGUGGAAUGCUAUUGACAAUGGGCUUCCAGCUGCUAUUUUUCGGCCGGGCUUCGUGUUGGGCCACUCAAAGAGCGGCAUCAGCAACCCGGACGAUUUCGUCGGCCGACUCUUCUCUAGCUGCCUCACAAUGGGUUCCUACCCCAUACUUCCCGCCCAACGAAAAGAAUUCAUUCCUGUCGACUUCGUCGUCGGUGCUUUGUUGCAUAUCGCCGCCAGUCCUGCUCGCCUCGGCCGGGCCUACAACCUCAUUCAGCCAUGCCAACAAGCCGCCCUUGACAUGAUCUCCACAUUCGAGCUGCUUAACUCACUAUCACCUGUAGCCUUGCGGCCCCUGCCUUAUUCUGAAUGGGUGAAGAGUUUCUCCCUUAAGACUGAUGACCCGUUGCAUCCGUUGAUGCCCAUGCUCCAGGAGAAGGUUCUCGGUGACAUGACGCGAUGGGAGGUGCAAGAGAAUAUGGCGACCUUUGGUACCAAAAAUCUCCGUGAGGCGUUGCAAGAUGCCCCCAUGAUCUUGCAAACUGAGCCCAUGUCCAACCUUUUCAAACAGUACGCCCAGAAGUGGAUGCCGACAAAUUUGCGUCAAUAA